AAAGUCAAUACUUCAAAGUUUGAGCUGAGUAAAUCUUCCUUUCCCCACUUGCGCUACAGGACACUGACCCUGACCCCUAUGAGGGACUCAUAAGCUCAACUCGCAGCCGAUACUUAGAUUCCACAUACACAGUCAUUUACAAGGAAAAUAUACCUCAGGAUGAGGUUGUCCAAGUUUGUGUGGACUCUGGGGCUGCUCCUCGCCUUGCUGUCAACCUCCCAGGCGUUCAAAGACUUCUGCCAUGUCAAGCCCAAAGACGUGCCCCUGGAGCCCAAGUGUGUCUACCGCAGCCCCGACGAUGAAGCCUUGACAGCGGAUGCUAAGCCAGAGAAAGUCCCUAAUAACACCAAUCCCCGGGUGUGGGAGCUGUCCAAGGCGAACAGUCGCUUCGCCCUGUCCCUGUUCAAGCAGCUAUCCCAGGAUAAACCCAGCGAGGCCAACAUCUUCUUGUCCCCUAUCAGCAUAUCCACAGCCUUCGCCAUGACCAAACUGGGCGCCUGCAACAACACGCUCAAACAGAUUAUGAAUGUGUUUGAGUUUGACACAAUCAAAGAGAAGACGUCGGACCAAGUGCAUUUCUUCUUCGCCAAGCUAAACUGUCGCCUGUACCGCAAAAAAGACAAGACGACAGAGCUGAUCUCAGCCAACCGUCUUUUCGGAGAAAAGUCUCUGGCAUUCAGUGAGAUUUACCAGAAUAUCAGUGAGCUGGUGUAUGGCGCCAAACUCAUGCCACUCAAUUUCAAGGAGAAGCCAGAGCUGUCACGGGUGACCAUCAAUGAUUGGAUCUCAAACAAGACGGAAAAAAGGAUUCAGAACACUUUGCCGGAGGGAUCACUGAACUCCAACACUGUGCUGGUCCUGGUCAACACCAUCUAUUUCAAGGGUCAGUGGAAAAGCCAAUUCGACAAAGACAAAGUCUUCAAGGCCGACUUCUACGUGAGUAAGUCCAAGACGUGCCCAGUGUCCAUGAUGUACCAGGAGACCAAGUUUCGCUACGGCAGGUUCACUGAAGAUAAGGUGCAGCUGCUGGAGCUGCCGUACCGCGGAGAGGGCAUCACAAUGGUGCUGAUCCUACCACUGAAAGGCACACCCUUGUCUGAGGUGGAGGAGAACCUGGACUUGAAGAAGCUGACUGGCUGGCUGGAUAACAUGAGGGAGACCACGGUGUCGGUGCACCUGCCACGCUUCCGCAUCGAAGACAGCUUCAGUCUGAAGGAGCAACUUCAGGCCAUGGGGCUCGAGGACGUCUUCAGCCCCAGGGACGCCAGCCUCUCAGGCAUCCUGGAAGAUGAGGCAAAUAAUCUGUACAUUUCAGAUGCAUUCCAUAAAGCAUUCAUAGAGGUGAAUGAGGAAGGCAGUAAGGUGGCUGCUGCCACAGCUGUGGUGGCCAUUGGCCGCUCCAUCAACUUAAACCAGGAGGUGUUUAUGGCCAACCGGCCCUUCCUCCUGCUCAUCCGAGAGUCCACCAUCAACACCAUGGUGUUCACCGGCCGGGUGGCUGACCCCUGUGACCCCUGAUCACACACACCAACCUCGGAUUCGUCAUUCAUGUAACUGCCAAUUUCUGGUCUCUGUAUCAAUGUAAAAUAAACCAAAUCGGAUGGA